UCCCGGUACAGCCGCCUCCCUCGCCCCGCCCCCUUCAGAAAUCAAUAGCAGCCUUACUUCCUGGAAGGCCUCAGGGACUUCCAAGAGCCUUCACUGGAAUCCUCGCUUCUGCAAACCAAAGCCAUAAUCAUGUCGCUGCGAGACUGCCAGGCCUGGAAGGAUGCCGGCCUCCCACUCUCAACCACAAGCAAUGAGGCCUGCAAGCUGUUUGAUGCCACCUUGACCCAGUAUGUGAAGUGGACCAAUGACAAGAGUCUUGGUGGCAUCGAGGGCUGCCUGUCAAAGCUCAAGGCAGCGGAUCCAAACUUCGCCAUGGGCCAUGCCAUCUCUAACGGCCUUGUGCUCAUUGGCACGGGAAGCUCCGUGAAGCUGGACAAAAACCUGGACCAGGCUGUGAAGACGAUGGUGGAGGUUUCCCGAACCCAGACCCUGACGCCUCGGGAGCAGCUGCACGUGUCUGCUGUGGAGAUGUUUGCUGAGGGGAACUUGCCCAAGGCCUGUGAUCGCUGGGAACUGAUUCUCCGGGACCACCCGACAGACAUGUUGGCCCUGAAGUUUUCGCACAGAACCUACUUUUUACUGGGUAACCAUGAGGAGAUGCGGGAUUCCGUGGCUCGGGUUUACCCCUUUUGGACCCCUAGCAUCCCCUUUAGCAGCUAUGUGAAAGGCAUCUAUGCUUUUGGACUGAUGGAAACCAACUUCUAUGACAGAGCAGAAAAGCUUGCCAAAGAGGCUUUAUCUAUUGAGCCCACAGAUGCCUGGUCAGUGCACACUAUGGCCCAUAUACAUGAGAUGAGAGCAGAGGUCAAAGACGGGAUGGAGUUCAUGCAGCGCACAGAAGGCCACUGGAAGGACUCCAAUAUGCUGGCUAGCCAUAUCUAUUGGCACUGGGCCCUGUACUUGAUUGAAAAGGGGGAAUAUGAGGCCGCGCUAACCAUCUAUGACAGCCAUAUCCUUCCCAGCCUGCAGGCCAGUGGUUCCAUGGUGGAUGUGCUGAACAGCUGUUCCAUGCUCUACCGUCUUCAGAUGGAAGGGGUGUCUAUUGGCCAACGGUGGCAGGCUGUUCUACCUGUGACCAAGAAGCAUACCCGAGACCACGUCCUUCUCUUCAAUGAUGCUCACUUGCUGAUGGCCUCCCUGGGUGCACAGGACCUCCAGACCACACAGGAGCUGAUGACCACUCUGCAGGAGGCCAGCAAGUCCCCAGGGGAGAACUGCCAGCACAAGUUGGCACAAGAUGUGGGGCUGCCCCUGUGCCAGGCCCUUGUGGAAGCUGAGAACGGGAACCCUGACCGAGUCUUGGAACUUCUCUUGCCAAUCCGCUACCGAAUUGUCAAGAUUGGGGGCAGCACCGCCCAGAGAGACAUCUUCAACCAGCUGCUGAUUCAUGCGGCCAUCAACUGCACAUCCAGCGUCCAUAAGAAUGUGGCCCGGAACCUUCUGAUGGAGCGUGAUGCUCUGAGACCCAACUCACCCCUGACUGAGAGGCUCAUCCGCAAGGCAACCGCUGUCCAUCUCAUGUAGUGACCAAGGCUGGGUCCUUGGCCUACAGCCCAGCUCUGACCUCCUGGCUCUCGGUCGUUGUCUGGUUGGGUUAUGGUUAGGAAAUAGCUGGGCAUCCUUGGCGGAGGAUAAGGUUAAGUCCUGAG